UUUGCGCACGUGUCAUGAUUCGUGUUGGAUCAUUUCUUAAUAAGUUCCUUACUAUCUAGCUCGUAACAGGAAAAUCCUACCAAUUGGUUGAGAGUCCGAAUUGUUACUCGUGACACUUUAACGAUGACGCGAAGAAUUACUGUUAAAUGAACGUGAAUAUGAUGCUUCGAAGUGACUUGUGAAGUAUUCGAAUUCUCUUGUGCGGCAUGGUUUACUCUUGUACAAGUAGCUAUAGUAUGUGGAAUAGAAUCGAUCAUGGAUGCAAGUAAGAAAUAUGAUAAUCCAAAUCCAAAAUUGUCAGCGAAUCUCUUUAGUAAACUGGUUUUUUGGUGGCUGAAACCUUUGUUUUGGUAUGGAAGGAAUCAUGAUCUUGAAAUUAAAGAUAUUUAUAAUGUUAUGCCAAAUGAUGUUAGUCAAUGUCUUGGAGAUACACUUGAAAGAAAUUGGUUUCAAGAAAUUAAAUUAGCAGAAGAAGCUGAUAAAAAACCAAGGUUUUUUAAUGCUUUAAAGAAAACAUUUGCAUGGUCAUUUACUUAUUAUGGAGGAUGGCAAUUUUUUUUAUCAGUUGUUUUAAGGGUUUUACAACCAUACGUGUUAGGUUUCCUUAUUUGGCAUUUUGAUCCUAGAGCAACAUCCACUGCCACUAAUGCAUAUAUUUAUGCUUCAGCUCUUAUACUUAUAUCCUUAUUUGGUGCUUUAAUUAUUCAUCAUUCUACAUUAGGUUUAAUGGAAGUUGGAAUGAGAAUGAGAAUAGCAUGUUCUUCAAUAAUGUAUAGAAAGAUUUUACGUUUAUCAAAAUCAUCUACUAAUGUCACUACUCCUGGGCAAAUUAUAAACUUACUAUCAAAUGAUGUAGCAAGAUUUGAACAAUUAUUUAUAUCAUUACAUUUUAUUUGGAUUUUACCAAUUCAGGGUGCUCUCAUCACUUUUAUGAUAUGGGAAAAUGUAGGAAUUGCAUCUUUAGCUGGUGUUUUUCUUAUAAGUAUCCAAACAAUACCACUUCAAGGAUAUAUGGGAAAAUGGAUAUCAAAGUUAAGAUUAAAAAUUGCAAUCAGAACAGAUGAAAGAGUACGAUUAAUGUCAGAAAUAAUUGGUGGUAUUCAAGUUAUCAAAAUGUAUACUUGGGAAAAACCAUUUGAGAAGCUUAUUAGUCUUAUUAGAAGUCACGAAAUAGACGUUGUAACACUUACAUCGUACUUACGAGGUUUUACCUUAGCUACUUUUGUAUUCACUGAACGUACAACAUUAUUUUUUACAAUUAUGGCAUAUGUACUUCUCGGAAAUCAUAUAUCUGCCGAUAAAGUAUUUUCAAUGGCUCAGUACUUUAAUAUUCUUCAACUUACUAUGGCGAUAUUAUAUCCAAUGGCUGUAUCAGCUGUUGCAGAAGCUUCUGUCUCUAUUAAAAGACUUGAGAAUUUUCUUUUGUUGAAAGAAAAUAAUAAUGUACUUACAAAUAUACAACAAACCAAUGGAAAUGGUAGUAUCAUAAUGAAAAAUAUCACUGCAUCUUGGACAGAAAAUACAAUUACGAAUACCUUACACGGUGUUAAUAUUCAAAUAGAACCUGGUAAACUUUAUGCUAUUGUUGGAUCAGUUGGUGCAGGAAAGAGUUCCUUUCUUCAAUUAAUUUUAAGAGAACUACAACAAUCACAUGGAGAAAUACAAGUAAACGGUAGUGUCUCCUAUGCUAGUCAAGAAGCGUGGUUAUUUUCGGGUACAGUGCGCAAUAAUAUACUUUUUGGACAGUUUUAUGAUAAAAAAAAAUAUGAUGAAGUUGUUAGAACAUGUGCUCUCACCAAAGACUUUCAACAAUUUAAUUAUGGAGACAGAACUUUAGUUGGAGAUAGAGGUGCAGCACUCAGUGGUGGACAACGAGCGAGGAUUAACUUAGCUAGGGCAGUGUAUAGAGAUGCAGAUAUUUAUUUAUUAGAUGAUCCAUUAUCUGCAGUCGAUACUCAUGUGGGAAAACACUUGUUCAACGAAUGUAUUAAGCAUUAUCUUAACAAUAAAACAAGAAUUCUUGUAACUCAUCAGGUACAACAUUUAAGAAAUUGCGAUUAUAUCAUCAUAUUGAACAAUGGUAAAAUUGAGUGUGAAGGUACAUAUACAGAAAUUCAGAACAAACGUACAGAUUUUUUAAAUAUAAUUUCAAUGGAAGAAAAUAAAGGAGAUUCUGAAAUCAUAGAAACAGAUGAAAAUACUAAACCUGAUAUAUCUAUUAAUUCCAUUACUAAUAAAGAUGAUGACGAAAUAGAACCACAAGAAACUGAGGAAUUAAUGACUAAAGGAAAUGUUUCUAAAUCCCUUUACUGGAAAUAUUUUCGAGCUGGGGGUUCAAUUUUGAUGAUAGUCACUUUUAUAGGUUCUCUAAUUCUGGGGCAAAUAGGAAGUAGUGGUAGCGAUUAUUGGGUUGCCUAUUGGACGAAACAAGAAGAAAUGCAUGUUCAAUAUAUUAGGAAUAAUAAUCACUCGCUGCAAAUAUUGAAACAAAACAUUUCUGACCGAAAUAUAAGUCAAUUAACAAAUGAGACAUUUGCACUUGAAGUAGACGAUUUUACCACUCCAACAUUUUUAAUGCCGUUAGAAAAUAACAGUUUUGAUAAUAUUACAUGGAAUAUUAAUGCAAAAUCUAAAGAUUUAAAUUAUCUUGAUCGUGACUUUGCUUUAUGGAUUUAUGGAGCUUUUAUCAUUGCAAGCAUAGUGUUGACAAGCAUAAGAAAUAUCGUAUUUUAUAAAAUAUGUAUGAAUGCUAGUAAAAAUCUCCAUAAUCUAAUGUUCUCGUGUUUAUUAAAAGCACCAAUGUUAUUUUUUGACUCGAAUCCUUCUGGUCGUAUUCUAAAUCGUUUUUCGAAAGAUAUUGGAGCUGUGGAUGAAAUUUUACCAAGAACAAUGAUAGAAUCCAUUCAAAUAUUUGCAGUACUAGUUGGAAUUUUGGUUCAAAUUUUUAUUAUCAAUUGGUGGACAAUAUUUCCAAUGUUUGUCAUGGGUUUCUUAUAUUGGCAAAUACGAAAUAUUUAUCUUAAAACUGCACAAAAUAUGAAACGUUUUGAAGGAGUUACAAAAAGUCCAGUUUUUUCCCAUAUUAGUUCCUCGUUAUUAGGAUUAACAACAAUUCGUUCCGCUCGGGCGCAAAAUAUGGUUCGUAAAGAAUUCGACGUUCAUCAAGAUCUCCAUACUAGUACUUAUUACUUAACCAUAGCAACGAGUACUGCUUUUGGAUUUGCAUUAGAUAUUGUAUCUAUUUGUUUCAUUGCUUUUAUUACAUAUAGCUUCAUUGUACUUGAUGAUGGAAAUACAUUCGCAGGAAAUGUAGGAUUAGCCAUAUCUCAAGUAUUAAUCUUAUGCGGAAUGCUUCAACAUGGAAUGAGGCAAACUGCAGAAACAAUAGCACAAAUGACAAGCGUAGAACGAAUUCUACAAUUUACACAACUUGAUAAAGAAGGACCAUUUGAAAGUGAACCUAACAAAAAACCAUCUGCACAAUGGCCUUCCAAGGGAGAAAUUGAAUUUGAUCAUGUGUAUUUACGUUAUGAAGAUUCAGCACUACCAGUUCUUAAAGAUUUAUGUUUUAUCAUUAAAUCUGGUGAAAAAGUUGGAAUUGUAGGUCGCACUGGUGCUGGUAAAACCUCUUUAAUAUCAGCUUUAUUUCGUUUGACUAAGCUUGAAGGUGCUAUUUACAUAGAUAAGUUGGAUACAAAGCAAAUAGGUCUUCAUGAAUUACGAAAAAAAAUUUCUAUUAUCCCACAAGAGCCUGUAUUAUUCUCAGCGACACUUCGAGAUAAUCUCGAUCCAUUUCAUAAUUUUGAUGAUGCUACUCUUUGGGCUGCUCUCGAGGAUGUAGAACUAAAAUCGAGUGUUUCUUCUUUAGAUUAUAAUGUUGAACAGGGAGGAACUAAUUUCAGUGUUGGACAAAGACAGUUACUUUGUCUAGCACGUGCGAUCUUAAGAAAUAAUAAAAUUCUUCUUCUUGACGAAGCUACGGCUAACGUUGACCCUACGACAGAUGCUUUAAUACAAAAAACUAUACGACAAAAAUUUAAGAACUGCACAGUAUUGACAAUAGCACAUAGACUGAAUACAAUUAUGGAUAGUGAUAAAGUACUAGUUAUGGAUCAUGGAAAGGUAGUUGAAUUUGAUCAUCCAUAUAUUCUACUUAAAAAUGAGCAAGGCCAUUUCACUAGUAUGCUCAAAGAAACUGGAAAAAUAAUGUUUGAACAGCUUAAAAAAGUCGCAGAAGAGGCUUACAAUGGUGUGUUCACUGAUGCUAAAUUACAACUACCACAAAUUCUCAAUGGCGAAACAAUUGAAGAUAAAUAGAAUUUUACUAAAUACCAAUAUUGUUCCUAUUUAAAUUGUUGUUUACUUCACAAUAUAUAUAAUAUGACACUUUUAACAAUCAAAACUAAUUGUAUAAACUGUACACAAUGUCUUCUUUAUG